GUCAGUUUAGAAUCACAAUUAAAAAUAAAGUUAUUGUUAGUUAAAAGUAAAAUAAUGGUUUUGGAUUAUCCUUCUUACAGAGUCUACGUCGGACCCCUCUCAUCCACCACCACAGAAAGUGACAUUAACAAAAUAUUUCGACAGUAUGGUGGAAUCGAAGAAAUAGAAUUGAAACGAGGAUUUGCCGUGGUGGAAUUUAUAAACAGUCGAGAUGCAGAGGAAGCAAUAAACGACUUGGAUGGCACCAGAUUGUUUGGACAACGCAUCAAAGUCGAAAUUACCAGAAUUUCGCAAAUCCAACCCAGAAAGCGACACUUAAAGGUACCAUUACGCACAAAUUACCGACUUUUGAUAAGAAAUUUAACCACUCAAAUUAACUGGAAAAAACUUAAAAAAAUUAUGAGCGAAGCUGGAGAAGUUACCUAUGCUAACGCUCAUAACAGAUGUCGCAACCAAGGAGUUGUUGAGUUUGCUUGUUACUCUGAUAUGAAAAAUGCUUUGGAAAAGCUGGAUAAUUUAAAACUGAAUGGUAGAAGAAUAAAAUUAUAUGAAGACCACAUUGCAAAAUACAAACGCACUAAGGCUAUAGAUAGAUUUGGACGUGAUAGAAGGUCCAGGUCGCAUUCAAGAUCUUCGAAGAGAGGUAAACGAACUCCAUCUUCUCCAGAAAGGUCAAGGUCCAGAUCUAAAGAUAGAAAAAGAUCAAGGUCAAGAUCCUACAAUAAAUUUAAUUCCAGAGGUGCAAGGACACCUUCUUCAGAUGAUGAAAGUAUUAAAAAGGAAAGCAGGAGUAGGUCUAGGUCUACUGAAGAUAAAAAAAUACCGCCAGUUUGAAC